AUGGCGGCCGCGGCUGCGACGAAGAAGGCGAAGGCCGCGAUGGCGAAGAAGACGGCGAAGGCCGUGGCCGCGAAGAAGACGGUGACUGCCUCCUCCUCGCCCAAGCGGCGCAGGACCCCGUCCCCUCCUCCUCCUCUCCCGGAUAAUGCCCCAGAGGUCAGCUUCGACCUCGGGUCUUUCAGUCCGAAGAGGAAGAGGAGGACAGAGGAGGAAGAGGACAGCGACGGGGAGAUGCUGGUCCAGAGGGCGGCGAAGAGGGCCAGGGCUUCGACGGGUGACAAGCCCUCGGCGGGUACUUUGCACAUGCCGCUGUUGGUGGAGAGCAGCCCGGACAGCAGCCCCCAGCAUCGCGCCUCGACGGAGCAGGAGGACGUCGAUGCUGUCAUCGAGGAGAUCGUCAAGGAUGCUGAGGCUGAGGCUGCCAAGACUGCUGCUGAGGAGGCCGCCAAGGAGCCCGCCAGGGAGACCAGUGAGGCCACUGCUGAAGACCCCGGCAAGGCCAUUGCCGAGGGAGCCGGCAAGGCCGCUGCCGAUGACGCCAACAAGGCCGCUGCGCGGGAGGCCGACAAGGCUGCUGUCGAGGAGGAAGCGGCCAACGACCAGCCCUCCUCCUCCGCGGCCUCCACCCCGGGCAAGUACUUGAAGGUGGGUGAUGAUCUGUUUGUCCACCUCCUCGGGACGGCGAGCACCAGGGCAACCGGAUGGGAGCGCUUGCUACCGGGCAAGCCACCUUACUGCUCUCAGCGCGGCCGCUUGAACUGUUGA